GAUAAAAGCCUUUGUGACUUCGUCAUGUUAAAAUUAUAAUAAUCGUAUGCCUGUGAAUGAUAAGACUAACCUAGUUAGAAUUAGAAGUAACUAGUCGUAGUAGGUUUAGUACUACUAAUACUAGUAAUAGUACUAUGGAGCAGAGUAUAUUAAGUAAUCAACCUGCAAUGGCCAGUACACACUCCAAUGGUCACAUACUAACUCUUGAAGAACUGACUGAAAGGAGGGAGCAAGUUCAAAAUAGGCAUGAAAAUGGAGAGUCUUCUGGUCUUCGUAGUCGUUCAAACCACCUAUCUUCAACUGUGUCUGAAGGUUUUCACACAGCUCACCACAGCAAAAUGCCAAUACUUGGACCAGGAAAAUCUCUUCCAGUACAUUGUGUAGUGGAGCAAGCUCCUUCCCAGUUUAGCAGCUCCUCCAAUGGUUCCACUGUGGUAGAAGUGGACAGCUAUGCUAUAAUUUCCACCAGUACAUUAUUUACUGAACUUCUUCAGACAGCUAUUGUUAAACUAGGCUACUCUGCUUCAGAAGGUGUGGGUGCAAAAGGAGCUAUACAGUUCAAGAAAUGGAAACCAUUAUCUCUUGAUCAAAUCACUGAUAAGCCUGAAGCUACAGUUGGGGAUAUUUUGGGAGAUAUUGCAGGAAUAGCCACUUUGAGGAUUCUACUGUUUAGCCCAUCCAGGCCACCUUAUUCAAAAAUUAACUGGAGUAUGUCAUGUAUGAAUAAGCAGGAAAGGAAUUCAAUUACUAGUACUUACAGUAGAAUUGCUAACAUUGCUGAUGGGUGGCACAAUUCUAUAAACAAAGACUCCAGUAGCAACAAAAGCAGGUCUGAUGUAAAAGGCUGGAUCAGUCGCCAGUGGAUGGCACCAUUGUCUUCACCAUCUUGCACCUCUACACAUCUUAACACCGGUCUUUCUUCUUUAACCAGUAACAAAGAAGAACUCGCAUAUGAACCUCUCUCUUGACACUGAUCUGGAACAUAUUAAACUACAGCAAUGAUUUGCUGAUAACCAGAACUCAUCAAGACUCCAGGCUGAACAGUAUUUUUAAUUACACUCACUAGAGUCACAAGCUACUAGACAUUAGUUGUACCACUUGCAGUGUAAAAAUCAUCACACUGCCAACAGAAAAGGCAGAAUAUAAGUAUAUGCUAUAAUGAACUAAGUGAACUUUGGCUUUGAAACCCUGAUAAUUCAGUUGAUAGAGUACUGGUCUCAGGUCAGUUAGUAUCAGUUGAGCAUCCUGAGUCAAAGCCCCAGUUGAGAAAGAUUGCUUUUUCACCAGUUGUAAUUAUCAGAAAAAGAUUAAGUGUAAUCUGUUCUGACUUUGGUUUAUCUUACUGCUAAGAUAAACUCCAAAAAUACUCAUUCAAUAUCAUCCGUACACUUGAUUAUUCAACAUUCAUGACACAAAUAUGAAUAGUGUUGGUUUAGAUUGUAAUGAAUUCCCAACUAUAUGUACCUAAACUUAAACUGAAAAUAGAGUACAAUUAAUGAAAAGUGUUCUAAAAUGUCAAUAACAGAACUGUGGAGUCUUAUAAGUAUAUAAUAAUUUUAUCAUAUCUGCCGUUUUACACCAAACAACAGUGAAGAGCUAUCAGGAAGAAACAAAAUUCAAAAUUCUGUAAAGAAAAAAAACAUGAGAAACCUUGCAGAAGUAUAAUUGUAUAUAAGCUUGUAGUAGGUAUACUACAUUUUAAUGCACUAAAACAAAGGCUUUGAAAGUUUAGUGGUAUGUGAAUAGAGGGAUAUUCCAACAGCUUUUAUGAUAAAUGUUACAUGUUAAAAAAAGCCGACAAGGUUCAAACUGGAACUCUCGCAAUUAAGAUGAAAAACGUCAAAUUUGGAUGAUACGAACUAAUUGGAAUUGAAAGCUCAGACAAAAGUUUGUAUGUUUUCUUUUUUAAUGUAUGUAUACAUUAACAUGCUUCAAACGAAACGGACAUUUACAAGUCCUAGCUUUUUUGCUGCUCAUGGAAUAUUCGAUUAUGAGAUGUAGACACCUUAUGGCUCUUUUUUCAAAUGUCAUCAGAAGGCAGAAUUGAUUGAUAUAAUCUAUAUUUCUCUAUAUGUUGAAAUAUAAAAUACACAUUACACUGCUGUCUGUCAGAUCUUUCUUCACAUUUCAUAAUUUUGGAAAAUUUACUUACAUUUUUACUGUGUUGAAGUAUUAAAUGGUUUUUCAAGGUUACAGUUUGUUGUCAUCUCUUGUUAUAGAAAAUCUAUAAAGUGCAUUAUAACUUUUAUGGUAAUGAUCAAAUAAAAUGUAAAAAUAUGUUUUAUGUUGUAAAAUGGCAAAGCAAAUAACAUUAUAAAUUGUAAAAAAAAACUAAAUUUGUUUUUUUACAGAUUUAUAUAUCAUUAAGUUGAACAUUCCAAAACCAUAAUCAUAUGAAGGAAAAGAUAACAUAAUAUUAUUUUCAGUAAGGUAAAUCUUAACUUAGCAUACAGUGCACAUAUAUUUAAAAAAUAUACUAGCUAUUCCUUUUCAGACUACACCUUUUUUUUUGCCUAUUCAUUUUGAGGAAAAAUAAAAAACAACAUAUAUUUGAAUAUAUAAAAGUAGAAUAACAAGAACAAAUAAUUCUGUUGUAGUUAUAGAUAUAGAAAAAACUAAGUUCGUUUAGAAGUAAUAAUGAUAUACACAGAAAUAUGUUGAGAGUACAACACUAACACUUAAUUAGCCAAAGUAUAUCAAAGAAAGAUUUUUUUAUCAAUCAUUGCAUAAAUAUACAUCUAAUCUAUUUCAAUAUAUUAAUUAAAUUGGUGUAACAAAGUAUCACUUACACACAAUUGUAUGAAUAGUCUGAAAGCACUAACAUUUAAAUAAGUAUUCUCACACAGAUAUCAAAUUGGCAUCAAAUGUUUUGGGGUCCUUAAAGUUUUUAAACGUUAUUUUUAAAUCCAUCAUUCAUUAAAAACAAAAACAGUAGUAAACAAAUUUCUUAUGUGAAUGUGCUUUAUAGUCACUACAAGAAAAACCUACACACUGGAUACUUGAAAUGAAGAAAAAGUGUCAUUGGCCAUUAUUCAGUUCUUGACAUUAUAUUGCUACACAAUAGCAGGUAUAAUAAAUAAACUUAGUAUUCUGAGGAGGAUAAAGAAUAUUCAACAUUUUCUUGUAGAAUAGCAAAGCAGAGUAUUACUGUCUUAGAUAUAUUGAAGAAUGAUUAUCAUCAUGAAAUUCAAUACAUUUUAUUGUCACUACUAUAACCUUGAAAGGUGAGUGAAUGUAUCCAGCAAAAGAAAAAAUGCAUUAUAAUUAUUAUAAGUAAAAAUGUAAGAACAAUAUAUUUAAUUAGCUAUGCUCAUUACCUGGUUGAUUUUUAGUUCUAAUCUCUGUAUAUAGCUCGCCUUGAUCAGAAGUCAGUUAUAAGUGGGAGAAAUGUAAACUUCUACCUUUCUUUGAACAAGUAAGAAACAUGCCACUUUUACUCUUUAGAUAUGUUUUAGGGUUAUAUGAUAACAUUAUGUUAAGAAUAUCUAAUACAUAGUGCUUGUGGAUUUAUUUCUUUAUUAUUGAUGUUUAUCAAAAAAUGUUUCUUAAUUAUCAAAAUAUACAAAAACAUAUGCUAAAUGUAAAACUGUAACUUUAGGAAUGUGUGUGUUUAUCUAUAACUUAAUACUAAGGAAUUUGUUUUUAUUUUUCUAAGUAUUCACAGUCAUGAUUUGUUGGGAUUUACUAUCUUGCUUGGUUAUUUA